AUGGAGAUGAAGCGCGUGGUGGCGCGCUUCAUGGUGCACAAGGUGGGGAGCUUCGUGGUCAAAGAGCGCGUUCUGUGCUUCGGCGAGUAUUCCUUCUCGACCGUGGAUCGCGAGAACCAACAGGUGACCAACACGUGGCCUUAUGAGGACGUGGACAGCGCCAACGUGCUGGAAGGAGAGACCGAUUUCGUCAUCCACACGCCACGCCACCGCAUUAAGAAGACCGUGUACCGCUGCCACUUCCGCAUGGAGGUGCUGGUGUGUCUGAUGCGACUGCGUAGUCAGCACUACGCCAAGAUGCCCGACGCGCCUCAGCCGCCCCCUGCGGAGCUGCAGACGCUGACGUUCCAGAGUCUCAAAUGCCACAAGGGCGGCGUACACUCGACCUGCGUCGUAGAGAUCCGUCCGGACGGUAUUUACCAGCGAGAUACCGAGGGAGACAUCAUGAGCCACAUUUCGUACACGAGUCUCGUGUCCAUCGACCUCAUCUGCGACGAUCAUGAAGCUAUUGGCUUAAAUCACUCGGAUAAUUCCAGUUUAUUCAUCGUACCAAGACGCACAGAGCUCGCGCAAGCUAUAAAUCGAGUCAUGAAGGCGUACGGGAUGCAGAUCAAUGAAUACCGCAAGAAAACAAUGGAAGCGGCGCUGAAAGACGACGGGAAGGCGUCGUUUAGCACUAGCGUGUCAUUUGCGUAUCAAGUUUUGAAGGUUUCCCAGUCCAACGAGUCCACUGCCGCGCCACGGACGCUUUUGGUGUCGGAGAAGUUCAUUACGGAGUAUGCAGACGCCAAGACGGUGAUUUCCAGUCGUCCCUUGGCCAGAAUCUACACGUUGGUCAUGUAUCAGGACACGUUACAAGCGUUCGAAGUCGUGUAUGUGGACGGCGUCAAGCGCAAGUAUUACUCCGCUCAACGAGAGAAGAUCGUGUGUGAAUUACUAGCUUCCUGCCACGCUCUGGGGAAUUAUCAGGUGGGUGUGGAGAUGACGGAGAUCGCCGACUCUGUGCGCAUGAUACCGCGCAGGAUCAUCCUCCAGGAAGGCAACAAGAUCGUGAAUACUGUGUCUAAUGUCAACGUGAUGGACCGUGAGCUCCGAGUCGCUCAAGCGAAUGUGCUGCAGCUACUGGCGGUACAUGGAUAUCGCAAGACGGCGCGCACUCAACGUCAACUUCCUCGUGGACUUGACGAAGAGAUGCAUUUAUUGGCUCUGGAACUUAAUGCGAAUACACCGACGUCCGGUGUGAUAGCGCAGCCCAACAAACCGUUCGAUAAGGUGGUCUACGUGCUGGCACGAGAGCUUCAUGACAUUGUUGGUCGACAUGGAGCCACACACGACUUUGUGAGCACAUACCUGCAGUCGCUCUAUCGUUUGACGCUCGCUCCACCUGCUAUCAACGAGUUCAUGAAGAUCCUGACAGAGCGUGGAGAGGAAUAUAUCGGCUUGAUCUCGAAAGUUCUGAUGAGCAAGAACUCGGUGGCUAUCUACUGGAUGUUCAUGGUGCUGAGUCGACUGAUGGAGUCAAAGGCGCACAAGCUGCAGUGUCGACAGCUGCUGCUAUCCAACAGUGUCUUCAUGAUGACGCUGCUUUCAUUACUGGACGAAGAUACCCAUACGGGUGCGUUCUUGUCGGAUCUACCGACGAUGAAGCUGUGUCAGUUUAUUCUGCUACUGGUCAAGGCGAACGUCGAGAAGCAGCGGAAACUCUCCGAGACAUUAUACCAACAUCUAGCCACAAAGUAUCGUAUGAUGCUUCGAGUUCUCUUCAGCUUCCCUGGCUUAGCUACAGUGGAGGCGUGUGUGGGGAUUCUCAGCAGGAUGACGAAGAACCCAGCGUUCCUGCACUUUGGCAACAUGGGGUCUCCCUUACGGUCCAACGAUGGGAAAAUUCCGAGACGAUCGCUCAGUUUUGGCGAGACUUUGAACUUUGGUCCAGCAAGUCAACGUGGAGCGUCAACGGAUAUUCGAUCUCGUCCCGCAUUGUACUCUUCUAGACGAAACAACUGCGCAUCUGGUCGGAACAACACGUUGUCGUCGUCAGAAUCGAAUUCCAGUGGCGCUUCAGGUCUUCCAGCGAACGUGGUGGUCGUUCAGAACCCGGAAGUGCUGCUGAGGCAGUAUCGACAGUUCCUCGAAGCAGCCUGUGGCUCACUUAAGAUGGGGAUCGAUCAGUACGACGACCCGGUUUUCUUGCGGCUUCGCUACAGAUGUCGAAACGUGUUCCUGCAGGAACUCAUGAGUCAUUUGGUGGGGAAUUUCGAGGAGUUCAAGCGCGUGUAUAGUGUGGAUUGCUGUCAGUUCAGCGGCUUUAUCGGCACAGCGGAUGGACAACGAGAGAAGACCAAGUUUUAUCUGACCCCGCGAGCGCUGAUCGCUGUUCGGAUCUUGACGAAACAUACUCAUGAGCUCGAGUUCCGCGCGAUCGACGAGAUCACUCAAGCGACGACCAUCCCAGAUGCGUUUAUCCUCAUGUUGAAGAACAAACUCAAGUUCAUUUACUCGGACCAAAGCAGCGAAAUCGUCGAGAAAAUGAAAUCUUUGGCUGGAGUUAUUGGGAUCCAUCUUCGCUUCAAGACUCGAGACAAACUUCCAAAGCAGCAAGCGGAAAAGCCUCUGGAUCAAUCAGCUUUCCAGUCGAAUGAUCUGUUCGAUGUCCAGAGACGCACAGGUCGACAUGGAUCUACUCAUUUACGGAAGAAAAAGCUUUGCUUUGUGGACGGAACGAUUGAAGAGUUCACGAAUUGCUCCAAGAAGACCUAUGAGCUCAAGAAUCUUCGUCGUGUAGUGGUUCCUGGACUGGAAAGUGAUGAAACACAAGCUGUGGUGGCGUUGGAGUUCUCGGACAGCAGUCGUGUGGCCUAUGUGCCGUACGAAAUGGAGAAGUUCCUGGCAGCGUUGUAUGAUGGUUAUCGCUAUGUGGACAAUUACGACGUUUCGCUAAGUCGAGAGUUCUCCAACCUAAACCCAAGAAUGUCUCCUAGAGCGCUGCUGAAGGACGAGCAUGAACGCUUUCUCUAUCUUAAUCACGAUGGACUCUACAUUCCAGCCCAUGCAGUACUGGAGAAGGAGAUUGAAAUGAUGAGUGGGGAAGGCGUGAGUAUCACAUCUGCCACUAACAAGGUCGCGUUCGCUCUCGACAGCUUAAAUAUGAAUGUCGAGGUCGAGGACUUUGCGGGGAAAUCUAUGCGUGGUCGCUUGGAGAAGCUGUCGUUCAGCUAUCUGCUUCGAGGGAUCCACAACUUGCUCGAGCAUUCCUGCAAGCCACCAAUUCGUGCGAAUGAGAUUUGUGUUAUCCUGGAAACAUUCUGCAGAAUCAAUGACGGCUGUUAUCGGAUAUCGAUGGAGCAAGCUAACGGCGGGGCGAUGGUAGUGGUUCCGAUUCUGGCUCAAAUAUUGGUCUCUGGAGAUCCGAUAGCCACUGUGUGGGCUGUGAACGCUUUCCACUCGUUAAUCGCUGACAAAUCGCGGUCGAAUUCGCAUCGAGCUGCUGAAAAGGCGAUUCGCUUUCAAGUGUUUGAGCAUACGAAGCUCAUUUCCCUGCUCACUGGCCUUCUGGAACAACGGAACCCGAUCUCCACUUUGGUCAUGCUGCAACUGGUUCUGGACGUCCUGGUGGUGUCUCGGCACAGCACAGACAACAACCACUUUGAUGCUAUCGUGAAAGAUCUCGGCGGGAAGUAUACGCUGUUGCUGGAGCUGGCAGCUCAAAACGUGAGCGCAGGCUUGGCUGCAGCGGUGAUUUGUGUCUUGAAAGUGAUUGUUGACCACGGAGAUCAUAAAGUACGACGACGUAUUUGCGACUAUGCGCUGGACUCGGGGCUUACUCUGAAACACCUGCACAAGGCGUUCUUCCACCCGUCCGACAACGCGAAGGAGACGUAUCAAUACGUCGCCAGUAUCUGGGUGACGCAUCACAAGGCUUCUCAUGAAAUGCUGGUGCGGAUCCUUCCGCAUGGGUUCAUCCGCAUGAUUUCGAGCCCGAUGGUGCGUAAAUUGCUGAAGAAACAACGAGCUCGACAGACUGAGUCUGUGCGACGGAAGACCAAGCAUCAAUUACUGAGCCAAGGGGACGGAUCCGAGUGGUUUAUUCGUCGCAUGCAGCUCCAGAUCGGCACGCUGUUUGCUAGUGGCUCGGUCAAAGAAGCUCGAGUCAAGGAGGACUCGACGCGUAUGAAUUAUCCCGGCGAGUCAUCGACGGAUAUGGCGUUACUGUCGAGUAUGGUGAGCAAGGACUUUAUGCUGCCAGACUUGCUGUGGCACGAAGCCACUCGAAACGAAUUGAAAGCUGCUCUCACGUCUGCGAUCCAGGAAUUCGAUCAGUUCAAAGCGAACCAAGCAGCUGCGUUGUCGCUGCUGGUUUCUCGGAAAGAAAGCAAAGAACCGAAGUGGAAUCACGUGCAGUUCUCGGUUCGAUACGAGAGUAUUGCGCAGGAGCUUCAAGUCGACCGAUUCUAUCUACGCGUGAUCACGGAAAGGAUAAACGAUGGGUCGUUGCAGCUGGCUGAAGUCGCCAAGAUUGCUCGGGCGUUGGAGGCUGGAACACAUCGAGGCAAGCUGAAAAACUCGAGCAGUCUCUUCUUUGCCAGCAUGGACAUUGCCAAGGACCCGGCUAAGUUUUUCAGUGAAGUGUAUCAGUGCUGGCUGGAGCAUCUUCAUCUGAACAAUAUUCCGUUGUCAGGGACGAACGAUUGGUCUGCGAGUGGCAGCAAUGGGUUCCCUCAGUUCACUGGUGCUACUGGAAGCGAGCAACACGGCCAUUCGAUGCUGAAGAUCUUGAUCGAACUCGCCAACGUGUUCCCGGAAGCUCGGUCGAUUACGAAACAUCGCGCUCGAUUUCUCACCGAGUUAUUGCGUAAUUCGUACCUGGCUAGUGAGAUCCAAGACAUCGUGGAGUUAAUGUCUGGACUGAGUCUGUCUGGAGACGCCUGUGCCGAGUUGUGUACGAAGAAUCACAUCCAAGUGUUGCUGGACAUGUCGUUGCUGUCCCAUCGCUGCCAGACUGCGCCCAUUGGAAGUGACAUGAGCAAUGAUCACGGGGAAAUCCCCAUGAUGGAGUCUUUCAUUAUGUCGGAAGGCAACGACACCUCUUCCGUUCCCAUAGCAGAGCUUUCGCUGUAUGAAGAAUCACGGUAUGCGCUCAGAUGGAGCAUUAAACUCAAGACUGUGGGGGGAACAGACGAUGACGGUGUGGUAAAAGGCCCCAUUUCAGCAAACGAACUGAAGGAAUAUCUGGACGCUGACCCUUUCAUUCGACAUCGCCAGAUCGACGCACUGUAUGUUUGCUGCUGCUCGACGCAUGACGGUGAGGAGCACGUAUGGAAGUCUAUGUUUGAGUAUCCCGAAUUGCGCUGGAUGGAGCUGACGGACGAGCCAAUCGACACGAGCUGCGCAGCAUUCGCGUUGAAGUCUCUGAGGAACUUUAUGGUGAAAAACCAGCGCAAAGCCUCGGUUGUGAACAAGCAGCUGUGGCCUCCUCCUUUGGUGAAUACUGUGGUCGCAAAUACGUCGUCGCUAGCCUUGCUAGUUCAGCUUCUGCUUGUGAAUGUCUCGAGCGUACGGAGAUAUGUCUGUGAGAUGCUGAUGUCUUUGAGCGACGAGGAGCUGCAGGAAGUGUACAAGUAUGGCGCCUUUUAUUUCAUGUUGUCAACCGUGGCGAAUCCCAGAGGUGACAACAACGUACCGGCCUUUGUCCCCGAGGCAGCACUACUCAAGCGCAUCCAUCGAAUCCAGCGAUCAUCGGAGCGAUAUGUGGGGCAAAGCUACUUGACAGACAUGCUGCCUGAGUCGCUCAUCGGAGUGUUGGACACGGAGAGCCCUGAGAAUUUCGCUGACGUGUACACUGGUCGUACGCGUGACAAGCGGGUGCUGUGGUCUGCACCGAUGAGGUUACACUUACAAGAGAUGCUGGACGAACACUUACGUGAGUUCAAGGAGAAUUUGAAGAGGAGUGUCACUUCGAAGUACAGCUACACGCCCAUCCCUCCGAUCUCGUACCUGGAGCUAUCAGGCGACGUCUACUGCAGUGGCUUCUAUCUGUCGACGUUUAACCAGUCGAACUCAGAUGCCGAAGAAGUGGACGAUCCGGUGUUUAUGAUGAAAAGUAUUGAGCAGAAAUGGCGAUACUUGGCACGGCGUCAAGUAGAUGGCGUGGAGGACGAUACGGACCAUUCAGACGCGUACAAACUCUUCGGCUGGAGCGAGGAUAUCACGUUUUCGUCUUCAGAUUUGCGUUCGCGGUAUCGAGAGCUGUGUAGACGAGAGGUCGAAGUGUCUGCAGUUCGCCAAGCGUUUGAUUCUCUAUGUGCUGCUCUAGAACACAAGAACGAAGCUGGCGGUGGGAAGACAUCGGAUGUCAUCGAGCGGAUCUUGAAGUCACAACUGCAGUUGCUGGACAAGUACGGCUUCCAGUUUUUCUCCUACGAGUCGUCGACUCUUGACUUGGUUAUCCGCGUGUUGUCAUCUCGAUCGGCGAAAGAGUCCAAGUUCCGUGGCCUGGCGAUGGAAGUUUUGCAGCGUCUGCUCUCCGUUGCGCCUCAAAAUGGCCCACUUCUAGUUACCGUCCAAGGUAGUUGGGACGUGAUGCUCGACUUAGUGGAGAGAUGUGCAUACGGUCAUGACUUGGCAGCGAAAGAGAGCAUGUUCUCAAUUCUGAAGCUGCUCUUAACAUCGGAAGAAGGGGUGCAGUCGCUGCUAAAGAGCAGUAGACCCACGCCGUCCAACGAUGUGCCAGUGUCGAGAGCGUUCGAUUUCAACACCUUUGGAGACGAUGACAACACAUCAUUCUUUACUGCGACGGAAUACACGUCUCAGAACGGAACGGGCAAGUCCAGACACGCCCAGCGCGUAUAUUCGCUGCUAGACGAUGUCAUCCUUUCGUUCGAGAAUAUCCAACCGUGGCAUAUCCAGAAAAUGUCGUUUGAAAUCGCGUCUUCGCUUUGUCGGAGUCACGAGCUGCAGCAUCAUAUCAUGGCGUCCACGCGGGUGUUCUGGAAAGGUCUGUAUUUGAUCCUAGCGUCGGCCGAGAGUUUCGAUGCAGAGCAGACAAGUACCAGUGCGUUGGCGAAACAGGAGCAGGAUAUGUUGGAGAGCGCGUUCGGAGCGCUUCGAGCGCUGGCGUUGGGACCCGAUGGCAAUAGUCGAUCAGCUGGACUUGAAGCUUUGGCGAAUCUUCUUCCGAUGGACUUUCUGGAUCGACUGGAGAAGCCUAAUGGGCAUGACUUCUGCACUAUUUUGCUGUCUGAUAUUCGUGAACCGACCUGCAUCUGGAACGAAAGCACGCGAGCUGAACUCUCUCAACUUACAGAAGAGUUUUGCACGGAUCCGAAUGGCGACGAGGUGUCGUUCUUGGAAAGUGCCACUCACUACAUGUACGAUUGCCUGAGCUCCGAGCCGUAUGUUGGAGGAAUUUAUCUGCUGAUAUUGCUGGAGAAGUCAGAGGACGGUCUCCAAGCUAUCACGGAAGAUACGCUGUACCCGACCACAGCGGUUGAUUUUGUCGAAUCUCUCUUUUGCUUUCUGAACGAGAACAGAGACCCCAAGCUCGGUAUUUAUUCGGACACAAUGCCAGCGUUGGACUGUUUGAGUCUUCUUUGCGACUUGCCUGCCUUUCGACCGGCUAUUGUGGAGUGUCUGGAGCAACAUGUGGACGACGAGGAUGCAGUCAAUGCCUCCAUUUCAGUGGCAACUUUGGGCAGAUAUUUGCUGCCAUUUGACGGUAAUGAUAAAGCCAAAGCGGCCGUUUCGAUAUCGUCUCGACGGUCACUGUCGACGUAUGGAUUUAGAGCCAAAACUGACUCCAACGACGGCCCCACUGCGAUGGAGACGGAGUUUGGAAAUGUGGAUUACUUGGCUCGACAAGAGAUGGCGUUGCUGAUUCUCAACAAAAUCUGCGGCUUCGAGUGCAACUUGGAGCGGAUGUUGGCUCCUUUUUGCCAGUUCACGUGGUGUCUUCAGGUUAUCACGGAUCAUCUCGGAUACGAGCAAGCUUACUACGCGUUGUCCUGCUUGGCUGAGCUGUGUGAUACGUGUCUCGUAGUUGCUCAGUACGUACAAGAUAGUGGACUGUGGGUCGAGAUCUUGGGCGUCGCGCUUCAAACGAGACAACAUGUUCUCCAUGAACAUUUCCUGCGAGCUGAAGCUCUACGUGAACCUGCUUUUGAAGUGCUGUAUGCUCUGCUGAUGAAAGACUUGGAGCUACGAGAGAAGAUGUACAGCGGACUGUGCAGGUUUCUCCCGUACCCGAUCGUGUACCAGGUUCAUUUGGACCCCAGCAAAGCGACGCGGUUCUUCGAUGACAACCACGAAAAGAGCGACUUGGUCUGGGAUUCCCACCGACGUACUGAAGUCCGUAAGAAGCUGGACCAAGUGAUUGUUCGCAAUCGCGUGGAGCGUUCAGUUGCCAAGCGAGACACGGUUUUACUCGAUGACGAGACGGAUUUCAUCCCUCUGCCUCAAAACUUCGUGGCAGGGUUAUACCUUGAUCGGUUCUUGUCUCGUCCAGACCCAGAGAGGCUCACGAAUCCAGCAUACAAUCUGGAGUUGUUGUUCCAAUUGUGGAGAACUCAACUGGAUGAACUGAUGAGGUUUGAUCUGCAGAAUCCUCCGGAGAACCUCAAGACUGCGGCUGAUGAAAUUGACAAGUACACGAUGGCGAUGACGCACAUUUUACGAGCGUCCCUGGAUAUUGAUGAAAGCAUCGCUAACAAUCGCAUACCAGAGCAGAUCGUCAAGCUGGUGCGUCACUGCAAUCAGCACUUGAUCACGAGUUUCCCGUACCGUUGCGUGCUGCGUAUCGCUCGACGGUUAGUGCAGUUCCCCGAUAUGACGUCGAAAGAGUUCGUGGAGCUGCUUACAUGCCGCAUCACCAUGCAACACCCGGAUAUUCCGUCGUUAAUGAAGGUUCUUCGUCGGGUUUUAGAAGCGCGUAAUACGACAUUAACGGAGAACGAGACGAACGAUGAUCCCGAGUACUGGUUAAAAGACCUCAAGUAUUAUCCGCAAAUGCUGGCGUUCCUAGAAGGACUCGUGGAGAACAAGGAGCAGAUCGAUGCCUCUCUUCUUUCCAACGUGAACCGAGUACUGCGUAUCAUUCAUGCGGAAGAACCCAAGGAAAUGCACUUGAAGCAGAUCUCACGCAGCUUUAUGGGGCGCUGGCACAACUUCACACUGGAAAGCAGACCGUCCAUGUUGCGCAACUCCAUCAAGACUGCACAGCAGGACUCGAAGCCAUCGGUGGGUACCGUGAGUACAAAUUACCAGUCUGUCAAUCCGAACGCCAUGAGUACACGAAGUUUCGAUGUGGAUGGAGCAAGAGGAGACAUCGACACUCGAAGCUUCAACGUGGAUGUCGAGAGAGAGCCUUCUAUUCGAGUUGAUAUCAAGGGCGUACCAGACGAUCGUGAGAUCGACAUCGACGCGACGUUUAUCCAAGCUCCUCCGAAGAGUAUCAACUUCACUGGUGGCGCUGUCGAGUUGACAGAAGCUGUAGCUCCUCGUAGUUUCCGGUACAAGGGCGAAGUUGCACGUGAUUCCCCACUGCCAUCGCCCGCGUCGGUACGUUACUCGACGCUAGGAGCUCGAUACGAGCCGAUUGAUUCGCAGUAUCACUCCAAAAAGGCAGCCGAGUAUGACGACUAUCACGAUGACGAGGAUAUCUUCGAUAGUCGACCGCGUCGUGGGAGUUUACCUUUGAAACCUGAUGAUGUGGACGUGAAAAAGGUUAAUGGAAAUGGCGUCGCGCCGACUGCUGUAGGCGACAUCCCCAUGAGUAACAUCAACGUCAGCAACUUCAUCUCGCAAGCGCCAACAACGCGAAGACGCGACCAAUCGACCGAGAUGCCAUCAGAUGCAACGUAUCUGAGUCGACAGAGUGGAAUGAGUGGCAUGAGCAACGUGAACUCGGAUCGACGCUAUUCUCUACUGGAUUCGUGGAAAGCGCCGUCGUCUGCAGCGCCGAACUCAUCGCUCACGUCGCUAACGAUCUCCCGACGAGGACGUCGCGCUGCGGCGGUGUACAGUCGCCACAAGUCCAAGAAGAAGAGAUGGUUCAACAGAUAA